CGUAUAAAACUCAUCGUUAUAUGAAGCAUCAAAUCAAGAUGCAGGCUAAUAUAAAUCUUAUUUAUUUAGUAAUGUGUCUUCAUGACUGUGACCUGAUUUAGCGCCGGUUUUUCUCAUAUGCUGGUUUUAACCCUUCAGAUAGUAGCUGAAUUGAAUGCUUUGCAGGAAUGACUCAUAUUUGAACUGUCUCUGUAGGUGUAUGUGUUGAAGAGACCUCAUGUUGAUGAGUUCCUCAAACGAAUGGGGGAACUGUUCGAGUGCGUCUUAUUCACUGCAAGCUUAGCCAAGUAUGCUGAUCCCGUCUCGGAUCUGCUGGACAAAUGGGGAGCUUUCCGAAGCCGUCUUUUCCGGGAAUCUUGUGUGUUCCACCGUGGAAAUUAUGUCAAGGACCUAAGCCGUCUAGGCAGGGAUCUCAACAAAGUCAUCAUUGUGGACAACUCGCCAGCCUCCUACAUCUUCCACCCAGACAAUGCUGUACCUGUAGCCUCCUGGUUUGAUGACAUGUCUGACACAGAGCUGCUGGAUCUCAUCCCUUUCUUCGAGAGACUGAGUAAAGUGGAUAAUGUCUACACUGUGCUGAAGCAGCAGAGGACUACUAGCUAGCACGACACUAAGGGCAGCUGUCACUAUGGGGCCAGGGAGGCUGCUGGGCUCGGAGCACCACACUGCUUCCCCCUAACAGGACCAGCCACUAGCUCAGUCCUCAUCACCUACCCAGAAUUCCAUUCACAUGAUGUUUGAUCGAGAAAAAGAAGUCGAAUGACAGAACUGUGAAGGACUGCUUUAGCUAUUACGUGCAUAAAAUAAGAAGCUGAUUGUUUUAACACUCAAUUGCGUGAAUCUCAGGAAAGCGAGCAAGAGCAUAUUUCACCCUGAAGUCAAAUAAUAGAAAUUAUAUUUUGCUUAAAGAAAAUGAAAGAGAUGCUUUUUUUUAUGACUUUGUGACAUUAUUUUGACAACUAAGCACAUUCCCUCGAAAUUUUGCCAUAAUGCAAA